UACGGUUAGGGUCAGAGGUCACUUCUUAAGUCCAGCGUGAGAAACCAAAAACGUGCAACAUGUUUACGUUGGUGGAAAUGACAGAUACUGUCAGAAUUCCGCCCCAUAUCUUCCACAUCAAACUUAACGACGCCGUUAUUGAGGAGCUGAACAACAAGUUUGCAAACAAGGUUGUGUACAAUGUGGGGUUGUGUAUAGCCCUGUUUGACAUCACAAAACUUGAAGAUUCCUUCAUUUUUCCUGGAGAUGGAGCAUCACACACAAGAGUUCAUUUCAGAUACGUGGUGUUCCGACCGUUCAUGGAUGAGAUUCUACAGGGAAGAAUACGCAGCUGCAGUAGGGAAGGUGUGCACGUAUCUCUUGGUUUCUUUGAUGACAUCUUGAUCCCACCUGAUGCUCUCCAGCAGCCAUCCAAGUUCGAUGAAAGCGAACAGGUCUGGGUGUGGGAGUACGAGACAGAAGAGGGGACACACGACUUGUUCAUGGACAUCAACGAGGAGAUUCGCUUCCGCGUGGUGGACGAAGUGUUCGUGGAUACCACACCCACGGGGCCAAAGGUCAGCGAGGCAGCGGAAUCCGACAAAGAGGCCAAAAAGUCACCUUAUUCCCUUGUGGGAACCAUCAGUGAACCUGGCCUGGGACUACUGAGCUGGUGGAGCAGUGUCGGAUGA